CUCAAGCACGGUUUAGGCCCACCGAUCUCGCUUGCUUUGCUGUGUAGAAUUCGCCCCCCCAGCUGCCUCUCGCGCACGCAGCGCCAGAUGGCGCCUGUUGCCGAUGGCAUCACCUGGGAGAGCAGCCAGAUCCCCCCGACGAUCCGCAGACCGUGGCGCGUCUUCGAGGAGGACCUCGAGGACAAGCUCGAGGACACGGAGGGCGAGACUGAGGCAGUGCUGGCCAUCACGCGCGAGCGCCUCGCCUCCGUACAGGCCCGGGGCGCGCCCGCCGCCUUCGCGCAGCUCUCGCAGGACCUGCAGCGCACCUUCGUCGAGGUGUCGAUUGUCGAGCUUGCCGCCUUCGUGAGCUUUCAGCGGCAGCAGGUGCAGAGUGGCGGCGCGACCGGAGAGGAGGCGGCCGCGGCGGCGUGGGAUACCCUCGACUGCGAGGCCAAGGCCGAGUGGGUCCCCGAGGACCCCCGGGCCGCGCUGGCCCUGGACGCGCGCUGGGCGCCGCUGCUCGCCGAUGGGCCGCCGCAGCGCGGCGAGGCCUACGCGGCCGCCGCCGGGGCGGAGGCGCCCCCGGGCGCUGGUGCACCGGCAGCCCCGCUCGAGGCCCAGGCGCCGAAGCCCACGAAGCUGAAGAGCGAGCCCAAGGAGCCGCCCACGAAGCUGAAGAGCGAGCCCAGGGAGCCGGCGGCGGCGGCGCCGCCGCCGGGGCCCAAGCCCAAGGUGCCGGAGCCCAGUGCUGACGCCGCCAGCGCCUCAGCCGCGCCCUGCGCUGGCGUUCGGGAGGGGGACCCCCCGGCGCCUGCAGAACAUCAGGAGCCCACCGACAAGGCGGCUGGCCCGGCAGAGGGCGCGGUGCCGGUGAGUGGAGGCCACCCCGAGGUCGGCGAUUCCGCCGUGGCCCGCCCGAGGCGACAGUCCGCUGGGCUCGCGAGCGGCGCCAGUGCAGCGGCGGCGGCGGUGGGCGGCUCUGACAUAGCUUCCCGUACGAGGCGUGCCUGCAGCGGGCGGCCCGGCGGCGCGGAGAGCGCUGGAGCGCCUGCGGUGCGCAGCCGUCCGCAGAGAGGCGCCGCCGUCGCUGCGCGCACGGUGCGGUGCGCCGCGGCAGCGACCAAUGACGACGCAGACGACGCGGCUGGGGAUGAGUUCUCUGGUGGCGCGCAGCGGGUCGGUGCGAAAAGGCAGCCGCUGGGGCAGCUCGCCGGCGGGGAGAGGCUGUACCCAGAGUUGGACGACCUCGAGUGCUGCGUGUGUGGUGGUGUGGAGGCGAGCGACGACAACGAUUUGGCAAUGUGCGAGAUGUGCGGCAAGGGCUACCACGCGAAGUGCCACGACCCGCCAGAGAAACACUUCGGGAACCUGAGCGACAAGUGGUUCUGUGGCACGUGCAGAGAGGCCAUCGCAACGCAGCGCGGCCUCCGCCUGAGAGUCGACGACUACACGUGGGUCAAUUUUCCUCCAGCCCCGAACGGCACGCCGUGGCCCGCGAAGGUCCUCAAGCUCGACUUCUCCACCGAGCAGGACCCGGAGCCGUAUUGGGUGCAGUUCUUCGAGUCCGUCGGCCACCGGAAGUCCACGGGCAUCUGGGUCGGCGACCAGCACGCGAGGCCAUGGGCAGAGGGCCCGGCCUGGCACAGCAUCCGGGACUCCAGCCGCAAGCUCGCCGUGCGCCUCGCUGUGGAGGACGGCGCGGCGCCCAUCGCCGGGCAGGCGCACCAGCCGCGGAGCCACCCGCCUGGCGCCGCGCGCGCGGGCGAGGG